CACUUGACUUACCCGCGCGGCCGCCCAUCCAAUCACGACGCCGCAAGCCUCCGUCGACUUUCCUCGUCGCUUUCGCUGCAGCAUCAAGAGAAACGCAACAUCAACACCAGCACCAGCACAGCAGACAAGCAAGCAAGCAAGCAGCAGACAGGCAAACUCGCAUCCCGACCUUCCACGCCGCACGACAGUCGACCGCUGCUGUUCUCUGCUCCGUUUCUUCGUGCGUCGACGUCCUGCUGCACCGCUCGAGAGGCGCAAGGAUGGGCUACAGCUACUACCACGGCCUGGGCGGCUUGACCUUCGCCCUGACGGUUGUCGGCCUGUAUAUGCUCUUCAAUGGCGAGGGUGAAGCAUUCAACGUCGGCCUCUUCCUCGAAACCGUCUCCCCGUACGCCUUCGCAAACAUAGGCAUUGGGCUGUGUGUCGGUCUAUCCGUCGUCGGCGCAGCAUGGGGUAUCUUCGUCACUGGCUCCUCCAUCAUCGGCGGCGGUGUUAGAGCUCCCAGAAUACGGACCAAGAACUUGAUCUCCAUCAUCUUCUGCGAAGUUGUCGCCAUCUACGGCGUCAUCAUGUCCAUCGUCUUCUCCUCCAAGCUCUCCUACGUGUCCGAAGAGAGCCUCUACUCAGGCAGCAACCUCUACACCGGCUACGCUCUCUUCUGGGGCGGCCUCAUCGUCGGAUCGUGCAAUCUCAUCUGCGGCAUUGCAGUCGGUAUCAACGGAAGCAGUGCUGCCUUGGCCGAUGCUGCUGAUUCCAGCUUGUAUGCCUCCUAGCCCCUCCCACCACUGCCCGCAGACUCCAUACUAACUACCCCCAGAUUCGUCAAGAUCCUCGUUAUCGAAAUCUUCAGCUCUAUCCUUGGUCUCUUCGGCCUUAUCCUCGGCCUUCUUGUUGCCGGAAAGGCGAACGAAUUCAAGUGAACGCUAUACAUGGCCCGAUCGUGUUGUGAUUUUGGUUAAUGAUAAAAUUAUACCACACCCCCAAUCUACCUCCCGGGGCCUUCAUGCAUAAAUGCUCCCACCCUUUUCCCCCACCUUCUCGUGACUGUUUCGUUGAUCUCGUGUUCCUCUUUAUUGAAAGUAUGCCUUUUUUUUUCACCACGGCAUGGGCGUUCGGUAUCCUACUUCCUACGUUUUUUUUAUAUUAAUUCGUUCGCAUACAUAGAGUGCAUUCGGUCAGUCAACAGGCCCUGGCGGCAUGCGGGAAAGCAGACUCGUCCUCUCUUUCCUCGAUGCUGACCCGAGGGCCUGACGGGUGUGGAUGUAAAAUAAUAGGUUAGCCCUUGUAUUUCGAAUAUUUAGCCAAUACAUCUCUUGAACAUGAUAUUCAAACCUCUUGAUGCUUCGUUAAGCUUGCCGCGGGCUAUUGGUUGGUAGCAACAUCCUUGCUAGUUAAGCAGGCUAACCAAAACACCUGGAGAACUGCGGAGGGACAGACGAACGACUCACGCCAUACAAAGGACCAAAGAACAGACUCUAUCUAUAUAUACAAUAUUACAUCUCGAAAUGUCGGAUCAGCGGUUCAGAGCAGCUAUCCUCAUCGUGUCGGACACGGCUGCCCAUGACCCUUCCACUGACACUGUAGGCGGCAUCUUGACGGACCUCUUCAGCCA